UCUGACAUGAAGCCGUGAAAGAAAGCCAGUAACUGGCAUCAGAAGUUGCAGAUUUCAGUCCAACUGUAUCAUUUACAAGCCCGGUGGCCUUGAGCAAGUCACUAUAACCGCUCUGAGAUUAGGGCUCUUCAUUACACAAGAGGCAACAUAAUCCUGACCUUGGCUACCGGGCAGGUUGCAGUGCAGAUCAAUAAAACAAUCUGCACAUAGGUGGUUUAUGGACUGUGCAGUGCUCUAACGACAUAGGGAGGCAUUCAUAACAGAGAUGUCAAACAGCUAGUUACAAAGAUGACUCUUUACUGAACUGGGGUUAGUGCGUCUCUUCUCUGUCCUCAGGUCUUACUGACAAUGGCAGUGUGCUGAAGCAGAGCUGGUACAAGCCUAUGUGUUCUGGAGCUAGAGGAGAGGCGAGGUCAAAGAAGCAAGAUGUUUAUGCUUGUGGCAGCUGCUCAAGAUAAAAACUGAAAAUUCUCAGCGUUUUAAAGUAUUAAAUCCAACCUGUCCGGAUACAACUAGUGUGAGUGAGAUAAACUCUGCAGGCCCAGUAGCAACUAUCUUUAAAAUCUUUAAUCCUGAUAAUUAUUACUAUUAUAACAAUAAUAGCAGUUCACGUAUCAGUCAACUACUUUUGAAAACAGAAUGGUCUAAGACUCAUAGGCUUAAAAACAUUUCUUUAGUCUCAGUUCUCUAACUGCAUAUUAGCUGAGGAUUGGUUCAUCUAGACUGGGCUCAGACAGGCAGCUCAGACUGCAGGCCCACUUGGCCUUGGCUUCUCAUGGUGAGUUGGGCUCAUGUGUGUUCGUUCUGGAACCCAGGAAAAGGGGCAGCAGCUACCUAGGAGAAAGGCUUGUUCAGGGCAAUGGCAGAAGUGCAAAGUGCACGUGUGUGAGCACAUUUCAGGCCUCUGAUCUACGCUACCCACGUCAGUCAUAUUCACUACACACUCACCAAGCAGCUAUGUACUGAGAGCUUUAUCCCCGCUCUUUCGUAGAAUCUUCACGACAAUCCUGUGAAGCAGGGCCCAUUUGUAUCCUCAUUUUAAAGACAAGGAAAUGGAGGUAAAGAGAAAUUAAGAAACCUUGCAAUAUCCUGCAGCUAGUAAACAGCAGAGUCAGGAUUCCAGAGUAGGCAGUGCGACUCCAGGUACUAUAAGAUUUGACAGUACAUUCUACUGACUGCUUAAAUCUUAGUCCAUCAACACUGCAAUUAAAAUGGGGCUAGUUUUGGGCUGGCCUGGUGGAGUAGGGCCAAUCUUCCUCAGCAAAAAUGGAGGAUUGGCGGUUGAUGUUAGCUAAGGGCUAAUCUUCCUCACCAAAAGAAAAGGGGGCUAGUUUCAAAGUAUUGAAUAUAUCUGGGUUCCCAUACCAUAUCACUAAAAAUUAUGUGAAUUUUGUUUUAUUUAUAUCAUGAAAUAUUUGCUAGGCACAAAGCAUAUAUAUAACAUGCAUCUACCACAUGAUGCCUAAUAAGAUGAAGACAUGAAAUCACCACCCAAGAACUAGAUUAUUACCAAUAUCCUUGCAUGUUCCUUCUCUGUGUCGACUUUCUGUCCCCUCCCUGAAGAUAACCAGUAUCUUAAAUUUUAUAUUUAUCAUUCUCUUGAUUUUUUAAGCAUAGAUUGAUCACUUAUGUCUGUAUCAAAUAGUUUUGCUUGGUUGAACCCUCAGCUCUGCUGCCACAUGAAUCUCUAUAGUUAAUUCAUUUUUUAUUGUUAUAUAAUAGUGCAUUUAGUGAAUAUAUCAAAAUAUCUCAAUUAUCCUACCAAUGAAUAUUGGCUUGCUUUUAACGUUAUGCCAUUAAAAAUAAGGUUCUACAGACAAUCUCACCAGUAAUGUGUGAGGGAUCCUGUUGUUCUACAUCCUUGCCAAGAGUUGGCAUUGUCACAUCCCAUAAUUUCGGGGACAUAAAACAAUAUUUUAUUGUGAUAUUAAUUUGCAUUUCCCUGCUUACUAAGAAGGCUUAGCAUAGUGUCAUUAGGCAAUCCACCACAUAUGUUUUCUGUCCUAUGAACUGCUUAUUCAUGACCCUGGUAAGCUUUCCUGUUGGGUUAUUUAUCUUCUUUAUUGAUUCAUAUCAGUUAUGUAUAUAUUAUAUACAGCAGAUUUAUAUAAACUUUGUCCAUUAUGUGUAUUACUAAUAUCUUCUCUCAGCUUGUUUCUUGUCUUUUCCUUCUCUUUAUGGUAAAUAAUGAAAAGACUUCUCAAUCUUUUCCUUCAAGUUGUACUGGGUUGAAUAGUGUCCCCCCAAAAUUCACGUCCACUCAGAACAUGUGAGUGUGACCUUAUUUGGAAGUAGUGUCUUUGCAGAUAGGAUCAAGUUAAGAUGAGGUCACAGUGGAUUAGGGUGGGCGCGAUACCCAAUUCUUCUAAGUGGGAGAUUUGGACAGACAGAGAGAGGAGACACAAGGGAGAAGGCCAUGUGACAACCAAGGCAGACAGUGGAAUGAUGCCACUGCAAGCCAGGGAACACCAAGGAGCGCCAUAAGUCACAGAGGCUAGGAGCAGGCAAGGAAUGGUUCUUCCCCAGAGCAUUCAAAAGACACGUGGGGCGUGGUGCUGCGGGCCACCUGACCCGCCACGCCGCAGCUGCCAGUCUCAGCUCUGGUCUGAUGUGGGUCUGGACCCGCACACGGUCCCGAUGUGUAGCCGACUCCAGGCUAAGAUGGAGCAGGAGGCCGAGGGGCUGAGCCAGUGGCAGGUGGCUCAGCAGCAGCUGGAGGAGGAUGCUGACAAGUUAAUGUCCAUCUUGGACAUGUCUCCGUUUCCCGGAAGCAGUGGCGUGCACACCUCUUGGAACCAUGGCCUGCCAGUCAUUCAACACGUCCCUCAGUGCACAGAGCUGGAGAGGAUCCCCUUGGUCUUUGUAGAGGCACCUAGGCAGAAUGAGAGUGAAAUGGGGCCACAGUUUAGUAUGUUGCUGCCUGAGCGUGGUGUGAGCUACUACUCCCAAGUGACUCUUACUCCUUCCCAGAUGAUUUACUGUUGGGGAGUGUCUCCCUCCCAACCAGGAAUGAUGAUUUUCAAGGAACCCCAGACGAUGCCUUUAGGAGAGCCCGGUAUUCCAGGGGUGGCCAUGCCCUUCAGUGGGAAUCUAAGGAUGCCCCACAGUGGGCUAGUCCCAGCUCCUAGUGGAACCUCAACAAUGUCCCACAUCAGGGCAUCAACCAUGCCUUAUUCUGGCCCCCCAACAGUACCUUCUAACAGAGACUCUUUAACACCUGAAAUGUUAUUGUCCCCAACCAUGCCUUCCACUGAGGCCCAGGCAACACUCCCCUCUUUGGCUCAGAUGUUAGCUGCUAGAGAUCCCAGCGACCUUGGGAUGUCCCCAGCUGGCUCCCCAACAUUGCUGGCAUUAGAAUCCCAGGACACUCUUCUGAGCCAGCCAGCCUCCCAGGAAGACCUCUUCCUACCCAGGCAGCCCAUACCUGCUCCGUAGAGAGCAGAGCAGAAUUUCAGACCCCAGGAAAGGGCUCCCAGGAGGAGAUCCCCAGUUUCAAGGCCUUACCACUGUCAGUAUGAGAACUGUGGAAAAGCAUAUACUAAGCACUCCCACCUUGUGAGUCACCAACGCAAACACACAGGUGAGAGGCCCUAUAAAUGCACGUGGGAAGGCUGCACGUGGUCUUUCUUUCGUUCCGAUGAGCUUGGACGACACAUGCGGAUACACACUAGAUAUCGACCGUAUAGAUGUGAUCAGUGCGGCCGACAGUUCAUGAGAUCUGACCAUCUCAGGCAACACCACAGGACUCAUCUGCAGGUGCUAGGAUCCUCAGACGCACAGGCCAGCAAUGGACAGAUACCUGGUCCUCCUGCUCCUGGUCUUUAGGUCAAUCUCCUCUUCCUCUCAUUUUGGCAUAUCCACCCAUAUCCUGCCUGCCUCUGACCAGCUAGUCUCUUUGGUAGGUGUAGGCGUAGAGGAAGACAGAGAUUAUGAGGCAGUGUUGAAGCCCACAUGAGCUCUGGACCCGGUCAGGGACUCCUCAAAAACUGUCUUCUGCCGGGUUUAGCCACAUGGGAAGACGGAGCAAAGUAGAGAUUGGGAGCUUUAUUAAAAAGCUCUUUAUCAUAUGUCACUCCCCAGCUUGAAACCCUUUAGUGAUUCUCCUUUGCCUACUACGUAAGAGCCAAGUGCCUUAGCUUGGUUGUCCAUGGUUUCCAGGGCCAAGCUAUGUCCAGAUUCUGAAUUUACCACUUACUAACCAGAUGACCUUGGGAAAGGUCUUUGAGCACUAUGCUGUGUUUCCUCUUCUGGUAAAUGAGAAGAACAGUAUUGGACCAUUCAGGACACAUCUAUGCACCGAAUCAGAUUCCCUCCGGUACUCACCAGCCACAUGCUCAGAGUUUCUGUCUCUUUCCACCACUUCCAGACUUGGAUGGAAUGCCCCACUACAGGGCAUGGGAUCUGGGAUCUCAAGUAGCCACCAGCAACCCAGAAGUGUGGGGGAGUAACUGCUCCUGGGGUAGAGUUUGACUAGUGAAGAUGGGAGAGAGCCAGGCAGAUAGAUUCCCUCUUCUUCCCUCCCUUGCCUGAAUUGCUGCAAGGCACGAUUUCUCCAAACAGUACAGCUAAUGGGGAGACCUCCCAAGCAGCCAGUGACACACCUGCAGUGACUCUUGGACUUUAGUCAUGAAUCAGGACCCAGCCUGCUGUCAGCUUGCAUUACCCCCAGCUCUUCCCUGCCUCGCUUCCCUUUUCUCACUCUCAAUGCCUCGGGUUUGCACCACCCAAAUAAAACAUCAGUACUUUGUUCUCUUUGUAGGCUCUGUUUCCUAGUGACUUUGGGGUGGAGGACAUUAGACUGGGGCACAGAAGGACGAACCCCACUGUAACUUCCCCUGCUCCCCAACCCCAAGUCCAGGUACCUGGACUUCCACAUACGAGGUGUUAAAGGCCCUGUCCUGCCCUGCUGCUCCCCCAGGGGGAGGGGCAUAAUAACUAUCCUGGUCAUCAGCCAGCCAGUUAAAAACCUCAUUUCUGGACUUAGCAGGCAAUCAUUUUAUUGACCAGCAACUAAUAGAAAGGAACUUGUGCAAGCUCUCAAGUGACAGAGCUGGGGUCCCAACCAGACUCUGUCUACUCCGGAGAGGAUGCCUUUUACAGGUGUUUUCUGCACCCAGUCCAGUGCCAAGCACUGCCAGGAGAUGGCCACAGAAGGGUGGUCAGGUCUGGUUCCCGUGGUGAAGAAACCGCCUUGGUCUAGGGGCUGAGAGGAGCACGUAGGUGCGGUGGCCAUGCGGAAGAGGUGCUCCAAUGGGGAAGGUCAGGCUUUCUGGGGAAGUGAACCUUGAGUGAGUGUGUGUUACACCUAGUAAUCCCUUGAAUGUGGAAAUAAACUGAGUAGGUGAAUGAAGAGGAAAGAGCAUUCCAAGCAGAGAGAACGCUGAACCUGGCAGCUGCUCAGAGAGUCAACCUGAAAGCUUCCACUCAUUCGACAAGUGUUCUUUGAGCCCACAACACACAGAACACCACCACUAUGGGGACUCACGAGGGGCACAGAGACGAGGAGAGGAUGUGUCAGAGAAGAAAGACUUGUCAAGGAGGUGCCUGAGUCACAGCUGAGGGCUCACGGGGCUUAGCUGGACCUCCCAUUUCCUGGACGUCUACCCUUGGUCAUGCCCUGUGCUGGACACUAAGGAUUCAGGUGUGACCAUGCCUUGCUGCAGGGCAGAGGGAUCGCAGACAAAAAUUCUGAAGGUGUUCAAUGCUGCCAAGGACAGGAGCCGAACCUCUAUGGACUCAAACUUAUAGGCGUCUGGGGAAGACUUGGUUGUGCCUGCCCUGCCCCUCCCACCUCCACCCUGACCUUACCUGCAUGGUCAUCUUGGUCUAUUCCCCUAGUGGCCCCAGCUUACCUGGGCUGGGCGUCCAGGUGCCUUCCUCUCAAACUCCAAGCAAUGGGAGAGGACUUAAAAAAAAAAAAAAAAAAAAGAAAGCAC